GGCGUGGUCUGCGCGUAGGGGGCGGGGCUGACUGGGGAUGGGCGGGGUUACGCGGUGCACGUGACGGCGGCGUCACGCGGCGGCGGCGAUCCCGAGCGGAGCGGGCGCCCUUCUCGGAUGCGGGGUCCCCUCCUUGCGGCCGCCCGGGGAGCCAUGGGGGGCACGGGCGGUCCCCUGGCCCGCACCAUCCGUGCCAAGCUGACUGCAGCCCUCCAGCCCACCCACCUGGAGAUCCGGGACGACUCCCCCCGGCACGGGGGCCCCCCCGGAGCCGAGACCCACUUCGGGGUGCUGGUGGUGAGCGGGCGCUUCGCGGGGCUGCCGCCGCUGCAGCGGCACCGCCUGGUGCACGAGGCGCUGCGGGCCGAGCUGGCCGGGCCCCUGCACGCCCUGCAGCUCACCGCCCGCACCCCCGAGCAGUGGCACAGCGACCCCCAGAACCCCCCCGCGCCCCCCUGCCUGGGCGGCUCCAAGAGGGAGAAGCGCCGCGGGGCCGGCGAGGAGGAGGAGGAGGAGGAGGCGGGGAAGCAGUGACGGCGCUGGGGGAGCGCCGGGGGCAGCUGGAGCCCCCCAGGAACAACGGGACACCCUCAAGAACAGCAUGGGGCUCAUGGAAACCCCCCCAAGAACAAUGUGGGGCUCCUGGGACCCCCCCAGGAACAACGGGACACCCUCAAGAACCCCCCCCAGGAACAGCGUGGGGCUCCUGGGACCCCCCCCCAGGAGCAGCAUGGGGGUCAUGGGAGCCCCCCAGGAGCAACGGGACACCCCAAGAACAGCGUGGGGCUCCUGGGGACCCCCCCCAGGAACCGUGUGGGGCUGCCAGGACCCCCCCAGGAACAACAGGACCUCCUCAAGAACCUUGUGGGGCUGCCAGGACCCCCCCCAGGAUCAAUGUGGGGCUGCCAGGAGCCCCCCAAGAACAACAGGACCCCCCAGGAACAGCAUGGGGCUCACAGGACCCCCCCAGGAACCUUGUGGGGCUGCCAGGAGCCCCCCAAGAACAACAGGACCCCCCAGGAACAGCAUGGGGCUCACAGGACCCCCCCAGGAACCUUGUGGGGCUGCCAGGAGCCCCCCAGGAACCACAGGACCCCCUCAGGAACCCUGUGCAGCUCAUGGGAACCCCCCCAGGAACAGCAUGGGGCUCACGGGACCCCCACCCUGGUGUUUGGGAGGGGACAAAAGUAAUGGGGGUGACCCCCCCACACCCCAUAGCACCCCCAAGCUGGACCCAGCCCCUCCCUGCUCCCACCCUGCUGUGGAUUUUUGGGGUGUCCCUCCCGUUGCACCUGAAUUAAUUUAAAUAAAUGUUUUCUGUGGGCA